GUGCAACACUAAUAGUAUGAGUAUAAGUAUAUUCAUUUGACAAAAUUUGUUCAAUUAACACAAAGAAAACAAAAAAAAUACAAAAUGUUGUAUUUGGAAGACUAUCUGGAAAUGAUUGAGCAUCUGCCGCAGGAGUUGCGCGACCGUUUCACAGAGAUGCGUGAAUUGGAUCUUGCAGUGCAGAACAACAUGGACUCGUUGGACAAAAAGUCGCGUCUGUUCUUUCAGCAGUGCAAACGCGGCGAGCUGCAGCACGAGUCGAUGGACACGGAGUUUCACAGUCUGCGCGGGGAGUACUUCAAGGUGAUGGAGGAUGCGGACGAGAAAGUGGCGAUUGCCACCCAGAUCCAUGAGCUUGUGGAGCGCUACCUGCGACGCCUGGACAGCGAGCUGUUUAAGUUCAAGUGCGAACUGGAGGCGGACAACAAUGGAAUUACCGAGAUUCUGGAGAAGCGAUCGCUCGAACUCGAUGGCAGCAAUUCCACAGCGGCAACAGCUCUAUUGCUGAGCAUCAACCAGAAGGAGAAUCGAUACUAUAACACCGCAUCCUCCGUCAACAGCAACAAUCACUUAAUUGGCGGUGGCAUCAACAGUGCCACCGGGAUUAUCUCGAGCACUGGCAUCAACAGUGGCAGCCUGCUUGUCAACAGUUCCGCUCUGAAUAACCUGUCCGGCAACAAUAUCUCGGCUGGUGGCCAUCAGCGACAUCGAAAGCUGGAGAAACGACGGGAAACGAUAUGCACGGUGCCUGUGCAGGAGAAGCGGGCAAAUUUGAAUCAAUCGUUGCCAGUCGUUGCCGGCAACAGCAACAAUGUGGGCAACAGCAACACCAACACCAUUGUCAAUGCCGUCAUGGGCAACCACUUGAACAGCCUCGCUACACAUGUAACCUUGCCCGGAGUGGGAACGGGAAAGGGCAACAGUGCCAGCAUCAACGCUGUCACCACUACCACAGUUGGUGGCAACGUUGUCCGCCAGUUGCCCACGAAUCUAACAGCCCAACAACACAGCGUACUCGGCACUAAUGUGCCAACAGCAGCUGCUGUUGCCAGCAACAACGUCGGUGUGGCGACAAUUGCAGGUGGAGGUUCAGCUGCAGCAAGUACAGGAGUUGCUGGGAGCCAUGGCAACACCAUGGUCACCUAUAAUCUACAGCAGCUGGGCGGAGGAGCUGCUGCCUCGAGUGCCAUUGCAGCUGCGGCGAGCCAGGCGAUAGUGGCCACCCAACAAAUGCCACAAGGACGGCGUACGGCCAGUUUGAAGGCCAGUUACGAGGCCAUCCACGGUGCAGCCGUGGCGAGCAGCACGGAGUUCUGGUCGGCAGCAGCAGCGCACAACAGCAGCAUCCAGCCAGUGACUGGAACACUGGCCAGCAGCAGCACACAUCAUCAUCAGCAACAUCAACAACAUCAACACCAGCAGCAGCAACAACAUCAGCAUCAUCAGCAACAUCAACAACAUCAGCAUCAACAUCACCAUCAACAACAUCACCAUCAAGAGAAAAAGCAUAAAAAGAAACUGAAUACAAGCAUCUCAAUGCCUGGUGGCAUUGCCAUGCAAUCGCUGGGCGGCUCUUCAUCGGGUAAUUCCAUAACGUCGUCGUCCUCAUCCAUGAGCGCGGACUCCAUGGACAUGCUGUCGAACGUGUCGACAGCAUUGCAGCAUGCCAACAUUGCCCACGGCACUCUGACCAUGAAUCCCCAGGUAAAUCAACUGACAUCCAAUCCGCAUGUAACCGCUGCAGUGGCAGCCACCUCCGCAGUUGCUUCUCCCGUCGCCUUGCCGAGUAAUGUGAGCGGCGUGUCGGCGACUGCCAUUGGACUGCCCAGCACUGCAUUAGCUCCGGGUGCUAAUCUCACCAUAAGUGAGAACGGCUUGGUUGUGGAGCAAACCAACGAGGGAGAAUGGUCAUAUGAUCCCAAUGAGCCGCGAUACUGCACAUGCAAUCAAGUGUCCUAUGGCGACAUGGUUGCCUGCGACAAUGACGCCUGUCCAUACGAGUGGUUCCAUUACCAAUGCGUGGGCAUCACUCAGCCGCCCAAGGGCAAGUGGUAUUGCCCCAAAUGCACUGCGUCCAUGCGGCGUCGUGGCAAUCGCAAGAACUGAUGUGCAACUCGGACUACAGCCGGAUCUGAAUGAGAGUUGAAGGAACCCCUCACGGACAGACAAACAUGCAUUAUGCAUACAUUAUGACACUUUCACUUUAACUAGUAUUUUAUGCCAGUAAUAGCUUACAUAUGCCUGAAAUCAAUUAAUAAACAAUUCAAAUAACGAUAA